AUGGAUGAAAGUAAGCAGGCAUCGGAUAAAGGUGGAGUCAAGGAACUUAAUAAUGAAGAACACAGUCAGCAAGACGCAAAUUUUAAACAAAUGCAUGAGGAAAUACUUGAAGCGAUGACGUCAAUGAUAUCAAAGUUAGAGCGUACACGUGAUAAAUCUCAAGAGCUAGCAAACAUGAAAAGUUUGUAUGCUGUCAUUACUUCUUCUAAGAAAAAGCUAAAGCUUGAGACACUAAUGCAAUUUAAUAAAAUUUUGAAGAGUCUGAGGGAAAAGAUUGACAAGGUUACAGAUAUACAGGAAUAUUCCAGUGCAGGAGCAGAGCAAGGAAACAUUACUAUUGGUGGUGAAUUAGCCAAAAUUCCAACUAGGAAAGAGAAGAGGCAAUCAGCAGUACAUGUUCCAAAUAUCAUUACUGAAAACCAUUCUUCAAAUUUACAAGCUGGAAAAAGCAACUCGUCAGAUGAUGACAAACCCAGUCCUAACAAUGAAUGGCUACCAUCUCACAAAAACAGUACAGUACUUCAGCUUAUGCUGGAAGUAGGAAGUCUCCUCAAUCUGUAUAAAUGUAUGGACAACAACUGUGAUGGCACACCAUUUGAUCUUGUACAGCACAUCACGAAGAAACAUGGACAUUGUCAGUUUCAGUGUCCUUAUUGUUUCUUUCGAGGAGUGGCAUGCAUUUACUUGGUGAUGCACCAGAACACAAAACACAUCAAUAAGUUAGCGAAGGUUCUGCUGUGUACUGAUGUAAAAGUCAGUCCUCCAGCAGAAAGUGAACUUGAGCCUCUCGCAUCUGUUGUACAACCGUAUAUUUGUGAUCAAGGAUCUUGUAACAAAAAAUUCUACAACCCAAAAGAUUUUCAGUUGCACUUACAGUGGCAGCACAAUCAAGUAUCCACUCUGACUUGCCACAUAUGCAAAGCAACCCAUCAGAAUGCUGCACACCUUAUAUCUCAUUACAGGUUUCAUUCAUUUUCGUUAUAUCAAUGCCGGCAUUGUCCAUAUGGGGCAGAAAAAGAGGAGGAUAUUCUGCUGCAUCUCUGUAAUAUACACCACAACUUACCAGCACUCACAGUGAUGCGUCAUUAUGAACUGACUACGAUGUCUCCGCCUGGUGAUGUUAACCAGCUAAAGAUUGUAGACUUGGAUGAUGUUUCAAGCAGACCUUCAGAGGCAGCUGUUGUUGCUGGAGGAGUGAUGACAAGUACUGAGUCUCAAACACAUGCUGAGGAAGGUGCUGCUGUUAAAAAUCAAGCUGGUCACACAUUAUGCUGUCAGGUGGCUGAAAGUGAGAUAAUUGAUACUGUGCAGAACAAUUCAUUUGAAAUGGUAGACAAUCGAGUAACAGAAGCCACUCAAGAGAGUGCAGUAUCCCCCAUUUCAGGAAAUGUUUCAUUGCAAAAAAGUGCCCCUCUAAUGGAACUGAAAGUCUCCUCUUCAUUUCAAGAAACAAAUGUUGAAGGAGAGUUUUCUGACUGCUCUACCUAUAGGGAACAAAAUGCAGACAGUGAUGAUGAUGAUGUGGACAAAGAUGAUGAUGUACAGGUACUUUAUUGCCAGCUUUCAAUGAAGAGUAAACAGUGUAAUCACAUGACUGGUAAUGGUAGCUGUAAACUGAGAAAGUCACAACCAGGAAAGAAAUAUCUAGAUAACAAGAUGAAGAACUGUGUGAAUGAAUUAGUAAAAGAAACAGACAGCCAGAAUUCCUGUGAUUCAGUAAUGUCAUUGACAGAAUCUUGCACAGGAGCUGCAGCGAAAGAAGAAAGUGAACUUACACAGGAGCACACAACUUGUGAAGCAUUUCCUGUGUCCACAACAUUUAGUUCUAAAAUUCCCAUUGAAAAUGCAGAGAGGAGGUUCAGCAUUGAUUCUCACCCUGAAACAAAUUGUUCUGCAGAGUCUGUGAACAUUACCUGUGGUGCAGAUAAAGCACAAACAAACCAGGCUUCUGAGGAAUCUGCUGUGACAGAGGCCAUUGUAACGCAAGGGGACCAACGAAAGCAGUUUACGGCUUCAGGUCUUUCGGGAGAGGACUUGUAUUUGUGUGGCAAUUCACACUGUGAAUACCGGGCGAGAACGGGGUAUCAGUUGCAAGAACAUUUGUACAUUUGUGAUUUGUCACAUGAUCAUGUUCUUAGGUGUCCUCACUGCUCUCAACCUUUCAAGGCUUCCAACAGAUUGGUCAAUCACCUCAGGAUUCACGGCUCUCCACGAUAUUCGUGUCCUCUGUGUACGUACCGAGCUGUGGCUGCCACAGCUGUGGCGAAGCACCUCAAGCUUCAGCAUAAAGUCUCUUAUAUAGAAACAGUACCAAUUGACCGUUUUCUCAACAACCGUGCAAUGCAUAUGUUUGCAGUCCGUCCACAGGGAAAAGGAAAAUCGAAACAUAAGCAAACAGUGUGUGUGGCCAAGACCGUGUACGGACCUGAGGAGAUACAUCUCUUGCCAAUGAGUGCAAUUCUGAAAGAUCCUAUAGAGUGCUCUGUGUGCUCUUUUAAAACAAAAGUGUGUAGCAGAAUGAAGCGACAUAUGGGCCAGCACUUGAACCCAGAUGUUGACAGUGCUGAAAUUUCUAGAAUGGAGGCUUUACAUCCUGUACCAUGCCUUGAAGCGAAUGGAAAAAUGUUUGACAAAAUGGCUGGUGUGGCUAUCAGUUCUAAUAUUGCCUUUCCUAAGGCAGUGGCUGCAGGUGCAGUUGUCAGCCCAUGUAAAAGUAGAAAGGAGGUACAGGAUGCUGCUUCUGCUUCUACAUCUCAGCCGGUGAAGCGAGAAGCUGCUGUGCGGGCAAGGGCAUCUAUUCAUGAUUUGGCAGAGCCCAGUCCUUCUGAUUCUCCAGUAUCGUCUCCUAAGGGCUCAGGACCUAAGCGAGUAGCUGCUGUGCGAGCAAGGGCAUCUAUCCGUGAUUUGGCAGAGCCCAUCCUUUAUGAUUCACCAGUAUCAUCUCCUGAGAGCUUGGGUAUUGAGGAACCUGUUGUAGAAAAUAAAUGGGCCUUUACAUCAUCAUCAGAAAAGGAGAAGGGUGGCAUUGUGGGUAUUGUCCCUAUGAGGGAUCAACUGAACUGGCCAUAA